AUGUCGACUUCCAUGACCUACGUCUUCUCGCAAGAGCAACAUGGCCAGCUCGUCCCUUAUAUCGCCGCGCUGCACGCAUCGUGCAUCACGCUCGACCACAUGAUAGGGCCCUUCCUGCCGCCGCUGACCAACGAGAAGCUGCUGCCGUGGUGGAAAGAGCGCAUCGCCGAGGCGGCCCGAGGCGCCCGCGUCAUUGUGUUGCUGCUGCCGGAGCUGGCCUCCGGCAAGAAGCCGUCCGGGUCCGACCUCCGCGGCCUGGCCAUGCUCAGGCUGUCCGAGUCCGAGACGGGCUCCUUCCGGGGCCAUAUCGACGCCGUGCUAGUCGACCGCAAGCAUCGCCGCCAGGGCGGCGCCAAGGCCCUGGUGGCCGCCCUCGAGUACGAGGCGGCAAAGAGGGGGCGGUCGUUGUUGCUCGUCGACACGGAGACGGAUAGCGUGGCCGAGUUGGCCUUCAAAAAGUUUGGCUACAUCGAGAUUGGCAAGGUGCCCCAUUUCAGCCGUGUGCAUCCCAAUGGCAAAAAGGGCGAGACCUUUUUCUACAAGGAGUUUCUUCCGUCGCCGUCGUAG